AUGAAUCACAUUGCCCAAUCGUCAUACACCUCAUCCCGCGAUGACAGACUACCGCCCGAGAUUAUCGUUUCCAUUGAACAAAUUCUCAACAUUGGCCACCGACAAGAAUACGAUCCUUUGGACAAACUGACAAACGACUUCAAUCCUGUGAGCGUUCUGAAUGAUUACUUCCCCGAUGAGUCAUCUCUCGCACGGCUGGAAUCCAUCCAAGCAAAGCUUGCUCAACAAGAACAAGAUCUCCAGAGAGAGAUCGACUCGUUGAAGGAAGAGUUGAGACACGACCAUGACCCUAGUAGAAUGCAGCUAUUGCAAGAGAUGAUCUCAGAUCUUAUGGGACAAAUGUCUCGCAUACGAGAGAAGGCGACAGAGUCCGAGGCUGUGGUGCGGAACAUUACCAAGGAGAUACAGGUUCUCGAUCUGGCGAAAAAGAAUCUUAUCCUCAGCAUGACUACCUUGAAAAGGCUGCAGAUGCUCGUAAACGCCUUGAGCCAGCUCGAAGAUCAAGUGAAAGACAGGAAGUACCAUGAAAUCGUUCAGACGCUGGCUGCAGUCAAACAGAUCGGCGCGUCCUUCAAGCCGUAUACGUCCAUUCAGCGCAUCUCACAACUAUGGCGACGCAUUCAAGAGAUUCAGAAUGACGUCCGGCAGACGAUAGACGCAGACUGGGAGAAAUUCUACAUGCAGGAUCCGGGCAAGCCCAUCAAGCCCUCUGUCAUAGCAGAUGCCUGCCUUGUUGUCGAUGUGCUGGGCCCCGAAAACCGGACUCAGUUCAUCGAGCGAUACGUUGCAAUGGAACUGAAGGAGUAUCGUCGUAUAUUCCGCGCCACAGAUGAAGCCGGACAGCUCGACAACUUGUCGCGCCGGUUUGCGUGGUUCAAGCGCCUGCUGCAAACCCACGAUACGGAGCAAGGGAGAGUGUUUCCCGCUGAGUGGAAGGUUGGAUGGUACCUCUGCGCCAAGUUCAUCGAGAUCACCCGGGAUGACAUGACGGUAUUGUUAUCAAAAGCCGGUGCGAAGCUGUCUGUGAAGCAGCUGUUGGACACCCUUCAGGAAACACUGGACUUCGAAGCGUAUCUCGCACGAAAAUAUGCGACACAAAUCCCGGACAUCUUGAAGGCGACUCAGCCAGCAGGGGCCACACGCCCCUCAAAGACGAUCUCGUCCGCUUACGAACCCCACAUGGGCGUGUACAUUGAUGCGCAAGACAAGGCAUUGUCGGACAUGCUUUCCCAGUACAGAGGUGCCAAGUCGCGCUCGUCUCUGGAGGCAGCGUCAACGAGGUCAUCGGUAGACGACUCCGCCCCACCCGUGCUUGUGCUACCUUCCUCGACGGAGAUGUUCUACUAUUACCGCCAAACUCUGGAUCAGCUUGCGAGCCUAUUCACGGGCCAGCCGCUCUUCGAUCUGUGCUCCUUGCAUAGGAAGUGGCUGAGGAUCUAUGCCGAGGAUGUUUUGUUGGCGAGUAUGAAGAAGCCUCCAGUGAUGGCCCGUAAAUCGACGGAUAGCCGGGUGGACAUGAACGAAGUGAGAACGGCAUGCACCUUGAUCAACACCGCAGAUUACUGCCAUGCCACGGCACUUGAGCUGGAAGAGAACAUCCGUGUAAAAACGGAUGAGUCGUAUAAGGAGAGGAUCUCUUUACAGGAAGAAUGCGAUCUCUUCGUGAGCGCAAUUUCCGCAGCGAUACAGGUCAUCCUCAGAGAAUUAGAGGCCGCUUGCGAUCCUGCUUGCUCCACGAUGUCGCGUACGGCAUGGGCCACACAGAAAUCUGUCAGUGGCCAAUCACCGUAUGUCGACGACCUUGCACGAGCUGUGGAGCAAGUCGUCGACACCGUCAAGCCUCUGAUUGAGCAGAAGAAGUAUCUGCGGAAUUUCAUGGACAAGGCGGCUAAUGUGGUUUUGGCCAAGUUUACCAAUGCGCUGGUCAAGAGCCGGCCGCUGAAGGAGAUCGGGGCCGAGCAGCUUCUGAUUGACUUGCAAGCUCUUAAGACUGCGCUGCUUAGGAUACCUGGAGAAGAUUUAUCCACGACCAACUAUACCCGCAGCGUGACCAAAUUGACCACUCGCUUGGAGGCAUUGCUCAAAGUCGUUGUCACACCUACCGAUCCCGCUGAAGGGUUCAUCCUCAACUAUACUCUGCUCAUCGGGGACUCGUCCUUCACGAAUUUCCAGAAGGCGCUUAUCCUGGAUCUGAGGGGCACGACGAAGACCGAGCAGAACGAUCUCCUCGACUCUUUCCUGACAAUCACCAGCACGAAGAGUGACCUUGAGAGCACGUCUUUCCUGACGUCUCUUGAUAUGGACCCCGGUCAAUCGAGCAACCUCAACAACCCGGCCAACAAUCGUGUUGGACUCACCGGGGCAGGGGAGGGCAUAUUUGCUGCGCUCGCAUCCCCGCCUGGGGCAGGCACGCCGACAGGCACGGAAACGCCGCCGAAAGAUGGGGCGACGAAGAGAGAGGUGUUCCAGGACUUCAAGCGUUUCGUGAGCUUUGGACUCCGACGAGAGACUCUACCCCCUUCGUAG